GGAGGAGGAGAGCAAGGCAAUGGAGGAGGAGAACAAGGCAAUGGAGGAGGAGAACAAGGCAAUGGAGGAAGAGUACAAGGCAAUGGUGAAGGAGUACAAGGCAAGGGAGGAGGAGGAGAGAAAGGCAAUGGAGGAGGAGUACAAGGCAAUGGAGGAGGAGUACAAGGCAAGGGAGGAGGAGGAGAGCCCGGCAGUGGUGGAGGAGGAGGAGGAGAGCCAGGCAGUGGUGGUGGAGGAGGAGAGCCAGGCAGUGGUGGAGGAGGAGGAGAGCCAGGCAGUGGUGGUGGAGUGCAAUGCAAAGGUGGAGGAGUGCAAGGCAAUGGAGAAGGAGUGCAAGGGAUUGGUGGAGGAGUGCAAGGCAAUGAAGGAGGAGUACAAGGCAAUGGAGGAGGAGUGCAAGGGAUUGGUGGAGGAGUGCAAGGCAAUAAAGGAGGAGUGCAAGGCAAUGGAGGAGGAGUACAAGGCAAUAGAGGAGGAGUGCAAGGGAUUGGUGGAGGAGUGCAAGGCAAUGGAGGAGGAGAGCAAGGCAAUGGAGGAGGAGAGCAAGGCAAUGGAGGAGGAGAGCAAAGCAAUGGAGGAGGAGAACAAGGCAAUGGAGGAGGAGAACAAGGCAAUGGAGGAGGAGAACAAGGCAAUGCUGAAGGAGUACAAGGCAAGGGAGGAGGAGGAGAGAAAGGCAAUGGAGGAGGAGUACAAGGCAAGGGAGGAGGAGGAGAGCCCGGCAGUGGUGGUGGACAGCCAAGCAGUGGUGGUGGAGGAGGAGAACAAGGCAAUGGUUAAGGAGUACAAAGCAAGGGAGGAGGAGGAGUGCAAGGCAAUGGAGGAGUGCAAGGCAAUGGAGGAGGAGUGCAAGGCAAUGGAGGAGGAGUGCAAGGCAAUGGAGAAGGAGUACAAGGCAACAGUGAAGGAGUACAAGGCAACAGUGAAGGAGUACAAGGCAAUAGUGAAGGAGUACAAGGCAAGGGAGGAGGAGGACAGCAAGGCAAUGGAGGAGUGCAAGGCAAUGGUGAAGGAGUACAAGGCAAGGGAGGAGGAGGAGAGCAAGGCAAUGGAGGAGGAGAACAAGGCAAUGGAGGAGGCGUACAAGGCAAUGGUGAAGGAGUACAAGGCAAGGGAGGAGGAGGAGAGAAAGGCAAUGGAGGAGGAGAACAAGGCAAUGGAGGAGGCGUACAAGGCAAUGGUGAAGGAGUACAAGGCAAGGGAGGAGGAGAAUAAGGCAAUUGAGGAGGAGUAUAAGGCAAUGGACGAGUACAAGGCAAGGCAAUGGAGGAGAUGAUGCAAGAUGAAUACGCCAAUAGUGGAUGAGAACAUAGAACUUUGACUAUCAGUACUAUUUAAAUAUGUAAAUUCUUGUAAAUAAAGCAUUAAAAACGAAUAAG